AUGAAGUCAAUAAUAGAUUUUAAUCAGAAUGUGUUUCUCUUUAUAAUUGUAUAGAUGGAAUAUGCACUCAUAAGAAUUUCUUUCCUGCAACCUUUCUUGAAUUAAUAGGUAUGCUUAGCAUAGCUAUUUUUACAGGAUUUGCAUCCCCUUGCAAGUUUUAAUUAAAUUAUAUCAUAUUUUAGGAGUAGAGGAGGCGGAGUUGUAGUUUCUUUAAUGACAAUUUUUUUAACUAUUCAUUGAAAGAAGCCUUGUUGGGAGUCUUCUUACCUAUAUUUGGAGCUGCCCUAGGAAAUUUCAUAAAUCUUGCUUAGAAAAAAGAUCCAUAAACAAAAACUUCAGUUUUGGAAGUGGAAUAGUAGCAUGUCAAGCAAUGAUAAUAGGUAGUAUGGUAGGUCUAAUUCUAAAUAAGAUAUUACCUGAAUUUUUUAAUAUCUAUUUUGCAAUACUUGUUAUUUUUUUCAUGCAAAAAGUUUUAUAAAACUGCUCUUAAAGAAUGGAAUAAUGAAAAUUAAAGAAAAUUAACUAAGAAUUAGAUAGAGAUUCCUAUAAUAGAUAAUUUAUCAGAAAAAAAAUAAGUAUCUAUUUAGAGUACAUCAUUAAAAGAGAAUUUGGAUUCAAUUGUAACAAUUUGUGUCAUUGUUAUAACUGUACUUCUAGGGUUUUUUCUAAGAGGGUCUUCAAAUUUCAAAUCAAUUAUUGGAAUAUCUUAUUGUGGAUUCUUUUAUUGGAUGAUUACAUUAGGUUUGGUUGUAAUAUUAUAUUAUUAUUUUGAUUAUAUUUUUGAUAGAUUUUAAAAAGAAGUGUUAAAACCAUUAAAAAAGAAUGCUUAAGAGAUUCAUUUUAAGCUGGUUAUUUAGUGGAUUUUGUUUAGGAGAUGGUAUGAUUUUGAUACCAAUGUAUUUGAGAAUGGGAUUCGCAACUAUUUAAAGUACAGGAACAUCAUUUAAUAUUUUAAUUAGUUCAUUUUAAGUUGCAGCAUAAGUAAUUAUUCUAGGUUAUAUGGGUAUGCUUUAAGCAAUCUCUUUGUUUACAAUGACUGUUAUAGGAUGUUAUUUCUAUAGUUCUUUUAUAUUUAUUAAUUUAAAAAUAAGAGAUAGAUUAUCAUUGAUUAUGUGGGGAUUAGUUGGAUUUACCAUUUUUCGAAUGGUUAAUAUGGCAGUAUAAUUCUUUUAGAUAUGGUCUCAAUAUGGUUAUUAAAUAUUGGAAAUAUUUGCAUUUUAAAAUACAUGUUGUAUAUUUAACUAUUUUUAUAAUAAAAUAAACUUUAAAGUAUUCUUAAUUUAAUUUUAAAUAUACUUAUUUAAACAUUUAAUUUAUAUACAGACCCUUAUUAAAUAGUAAGAUAGUACAAAUUGUUAAACCAUCAGAUAUCUAUCAAAUCUAAUUCCAAGCAUAUAAAAAAAUGCAUUAUUAAAUUCUAUGAUGUUUUUUUUUAAUCUAAAUUAUCUUAUAAAAUUUUUUACUAACUAUAGUUUUAGAUAAAUUUGGCUGUUUCAAAAUUAAUCCAAAUAAAGUAAAAUGUCUUCUUACUAUUUUGGAUGUUAUAAGAUAUUUGCUUUAAAUGA